AUGGCAGAUAACAACCAGGUGUGGCUGAUCGGUGGUAUCUGUCGGGAGACGCGCGACGUAUUCCUCGAGCUGAUGCAGAAACGAGAUGCUACCACACUGCACAGCAUUAUCAUGCGGUAUGUGGCACCGGGGUCUACAAUCCUGACGGACGGAUGGCGAGCCUACAACGGGUUGGAAAACAACGGCUACACUCACGCUAUGGUCAACCAUAGUGAAAACUUUGUACACCCGAACGACCCGUUUGUACACACCCAGAGCAUCGAGAAUUUAUGGCGCUGGAUAAAGCCAUUUCUCCGAUCGAAAGGCACACAUCGAGGAUCGUUGAUUCACUAUUUGAGGGAGUACCAACUGAAGCGAUCGGGAUCCAACAGCUUCAUAAACAUUCUGCGCGCCAUCAAGGAUGUUCAAGAGUUUGAGUAAGUCAUUUUCCUACAUUUAUCAUUUAGCUGCAAAUGCAGUUUUAAUCAGUUAUCCUUUCUCAAGGUGGCUAGCGAAUGCCAAACAGCGGAUUUAUCGUGCAUGUGAUAAAUCUGCUAUUUUGGAACUCCGAAUCCUACCCCCACGUGGUGCUGGCUGGAAUAUGAUGUCCUCUUGCGAUGAUCAUAUACGAACAGGAUCGGGGGAAUAUGUUUAUAUUUAUAUUUUAUCACAAUAGGAGUCAUUAGAAGAAAUGCGAUGAGGAAUGUUUUCACACCAAACACUCCAAUGCAAUUUAAUUAAUAGGAUGGACACAUGCUCCCUUCCAUGUUCUUCGAGGGAGAAAGUACGAUCGAAUGUCUUCCCGAUCAUAGCACGUGUCGGUAGGAGACCCAUUCUUGUGCGGUAGCCGAUAGUUCGCAUCCAGGAGCAUCCAUUUAAAUUGAACAUACCCAACAAAAAGUAGUAAGCAAAAACCACUGUGGAAAAUGAAAAAUUAUGUUUUAUGUUUGAAACUUUAAUGAUGCUGUCGGUCUCGGAUGCGAUUGUUCAAGCAGUGGAGGCAGAAAUGCUCAAAAACCUGCUCAAGAAAUUUGUCUUUGACAUCAUCGAUCACCCUCCCUAUAGUCCCGACGUGACCCCAAGUGACUACCACAUGUUCCCCGUCCUGAAAAAACAUCUCGGAGGGAAGAAGUUUGAAAGAGACGCGGAGGUUCAGAAAGAGGUCAACACUUGGCUGCGCGAGGCGGACUGAGAGUGGUAUUCUGCCGGCAUAGACAAGUUCAUCGUGCGGAUGCGCAAGGUGUUGGACAAAAAUGGCGAUUAUGUAGAAAAGUAGCCAAGACCUUGGCCUUUCGAACGGUGUAUCGCUUUUUGUAAAUAAAUGUUAUUUUCUAUGAAAAAAAAAUUGGAAUCCUUACUUCAUUGUCAGCCCUCGUAGGUAAAAUUAUCCGUGCGUUAUGGCGUCAAGAAAAAACUAUUCGCUCGAGAAAACAGCGUAUUUGAAAUGUGCUGACAUACACAAGUCCAUGGAUACCGGCACGUGAUUCCAUGGUAACGGCAUGUGAUUCGACCAAAGUGUCGCUCAUUCGAUGGUAAUGUCAUGCAAAUCGAAGCAGGCAGCUAUUGAGUCGAAGCAAACGGUGAGCGAUUCGACUAUAACUGUAAACAGCUAUAUUACGUGUACUUCAUUCCUGUUCUGCGCAACUCUGGUGGUUCAGUCUUCAGGCUGUGGUAUACAUGCACACGGCAUUCUGUUUCUAAUCUUACUCUUACUCAACCGUUUCAGCCCAACGAAAAAGUUUCACACGCACAGAUCACAGCUGAUACACAACACAUCACAAUCGACGCCCGCCCCCUCCAUUCUUGAAGCGAAAAAGUGCCGUUGUUACACACAAACAUACCACCACACAACGCGAAAAGUCUACGGACAUGUAGAGAAACAAAGCAAAAUCGAGAGAGAAAAGCGAAUACAAAAAUAGAGGAACUUUCGAAAACACAUUAUGAGACACGACAAACAUUGACAAAAACUCAUCCUCGAAAAUUUGUUCACUUUUUGCAUGGCUAUCCUCUAAAAAUUUAACGAAACAUAG